UUUAGGUAGCUGCAUGGGCGACAACUUGAGCCCCGCAUUUGUUUACAUUUUUGGCAAAUUAGAAUCUUUAAAAGUAUGCCGAAUUAGCUAUUAUCAGUUCCUCUUUGCAGUGCACCAGUGGAUUUACAAGCAACUGUUACUGGAUUACUUUCACACUGACGAAAACUUAAAAACGUGAUGAUUUUCAAUCAAGUUCUGGAGUUACGAGGAGUGUCCUGAUUCAUGGACUUCUGUUGGACAUCGGAAUUCAUGAUAACCCCGGCAACAAUAGGGGUACGGUUUGCACGGCAACAGGACCCUUUACCUUACAUGGUGUCCCAGCCUUUGCCUUGGCAGGUUCACUCAGUGUCACUCAGUCGGAGGAGCAGCAAAGCAGAUGAGUUUGAUGGCCUGAGGAGGAACAGCAUAGGCGUGUAUAGAAAGAACUAUGUCUCCAUGGCUAUUGCCUCUACCUCUCUGGCUAUCCCCUGUGUCCUGUCGUGCUCAGACUCCAAUGCCAGCAAUGGGACGUGCACCAUUCCUGCUGUUCCUCCACUGAGCCCCGUUGAAGUUGAGAAGGCCGCUUCUACCAUCCAGACCCAUUUCAGGAAGUUCCAACAGAAGAAACAGAAGAACGGCAAGUAGAUGGACAAAGAGGGAGGGUGGGACAGGUGCCAGAGAGACAACAGGAAGCAGGUGGGACGUAUGUCAAUUUACCAAAGGAAGGAUGAACUCUGUGAUGACAUACACAAAUGCGUAUGUGCACACAUAUGCAAAUGUACAUACAUUCAAACUGUAUGAUAAACACUCAGUAGAACUCCAGGCUUAGCAACACAGUAUAAACAAUAAUAUACAGUAAUAGCGUACAUCUCAAGCAGCUGCUUGUAAAACCCAAUUUAAAAUUCUGUGUGAAAAAUAAAUGUGAAUAUAUUCUACAUCUGAAUGAAUGUCAGUUUUAAUGCGCUGUGAGCGUGUGAGCGACUGUGAGUAUGCUGUAAAUUAUAUAUGACCAAUGUUUUGAGGAUAUAACUAUGGAAAAAAAAAUCUAAUAAUUUAUCUAUAUUGUGGAUCUUUCAAAAACAAACAUGUUAAAUUUCGACAAACCUAUUUCAAUAAACUCCUCUGUCAGCCUGUA